AUGGGAGACAGUGUCGCGGAGCUGCCGCGGGCCGCAGCUAACGGGGACUAUGAUCUGGAGCAGCAGCAGCAGCAACUGCAGCAGCAGCAGGAAACGGAGCAGCUACAGCAGCAGGCGGAGCAGCUGCUGCAGCAAAUAAAGCGAGACCCUUGGAAAGCUGCCUAUUAUGAAGCAGCACUCCGUAUUCGAGAAGUGCAGCGGGCGUACGCAGAGCACUGCCCCAUCGACGAGGAGCUGCUGCUGCAAUGGUUUGACGCUGAGCGGCGGCAGAGCAGCAGCAGCAGCAACAACAGCAGCAACAGCAGCCUGUGCAGCAUCCCGCGCAGCAGCACGGGCAGCAGCACGCCGACGACGCCCAGCGCCGGCAGCCAACCUGGCCACAGCAGCAGCAGCAGCAGCAGCAGCAGCAGCGUAGACGAGGCGAAGGCGCUGCUGGAGCUGGGCCUGCGGCUGCAGCCGUCUGUGUCUCUGUGGCUGCAGUACAUUCGCCACCUGGAGGGAGCAGCAGCAGCAGCAGCAGCAGCAGACAGAGAAUGGCAAGUUCGUUUUGCUUUUGAAAAUGCUCUUUGCACCUUCCAGCUGCAUGCACUCGAGGGCCCCUGUUUGUGGGGCGCUUACCGGCACUUUGAGGCGCAGCUGCUGCGGCACUGGCAGAGCAGCAGCAGCAGCAGCAGCAGGCAGCAGCAGCAGCAGCAGCAGCAGCAGGUCCAACUCCAAAUCGCUCGCAUCCGCACUCUCUUCUACAGGCAGCUGCAGCUGCCUCUCGGAGGCCUCGGCGAUUUGCUGGAUGAGUACAGGGUUUGGGAGCUGGAGCACACUGGCAGCGAGGCUGCCUUUUCUGUGGGGGCUUCUUUGCAUGCUGCUGCUGCUGCUGAAUGGAGCCGCAGCAGAAAAGCUUUUGAAAUGAAAGUCCAAAACGCCCUUGAAGAGGACCAGGCCAACAGACAAAUACAUUCAAUCGCCCGGGUGUGGGGCGAGUACCUCGACAGCGAGAAGCAAAUCGGAGACACCGCGAGGGUUUUGGUGACUUACCACAGGGCCCUUGAGGAGUUGGGGGCCCUGAGGCCGGAGUUGUGGCGGGAGUGUGCAGACUACAUUGCU